AUGGAGGAGGAGAUGCAGCCGGCGGAGGAGGGGCCCAGCACCCCCAAAAUCUACAAGCAGCGGGGUCCCUACAGCGUCCUGAAGACCUUCCCCGGGAAGCGGGCGGCGCUGGCCAAGCGCUACGAGAGACCCACCAUGGUGGAGGUGCCCCGCGGGCGCGGAGCGGGGCAGCCCUUCCCGCACGCCGCCGAGCCGCUGCCCUACGCCCCGCACGGCCCGUUCCCCGGCGCGCCCGCCCGCCCCGCCGCUGCCCCCGCCGCUGCCCACGGCCACCCGCGCCCGCCGCUGCCGGCCCCGAGCUCCGCGGGCCGCUACGGCCCCUGCCCGCCCGCGGCGGGGGGCGGCGGCGCGGAGCUGAGCGCAGAGAGUCGAAUGAUUCUGGAUGCCUUUGCUCAACAGUGCAGCCGGGUUCUAAGCCUCUUAAAUUGUGGUGGAAAACUACUGGACAACAAUCACUCUCAGUCCAUGAUUUCUUGUAUAAAGCAGGAAAACCCAAAUUAUAGUGAAAGACAAGAGCAAUGUCAGCUCGGGAAAAUGGUCCAUAGUCAGACAUCAGACAUUUUAGACAUAGAGAUGCAGUAUAUGCAAAAGAAACAACAAACCUCAGCCUUUCUGAGAGUUUUUACUGAUUCCCUUCAGAACUAUUUGCUUUCUGGGAGCUUCCCUUCUCAGAACACCUCAUCAAUAAAUGAUUUUAGCCAUUUGGCAGAUGUGGAUCCACUUUCAGCCUCUCCAGUACACACUUUAGGUGGAUGGACAUCUCCAGCAACAUCAGAAUCUCAUGGCCAUCCAUCAUCUUCUACGCUUCCAGAGGAGGAAGAGGAGGAAGAGGAAGAAGGUUACUGCCCUCGGUGUCAAGAGCUAGAGCAGGAGGUAAUUUCAUUGCAACAAGAAAAUGAAGAGCUUCGUAGGAAGUUGGAGAGCAUUCCAGUGCCCUGCCAGACAGUUUUAGAUUAUUUGAAGACUGUUCUUCAGCAUCACAACCAGCUUAUGGUACCACAGCCAACAGACCAUCCAACUGAGGGGAGCAAGCAGUUGCUGAACAACUACCCUGUGUACAUCACUAGUAAACAGUGGGAUGAGGCUGUAAAUUCUUCCAAGAAAGACGGACGGCGGCUCCUUCGCUAUCUCAUCAGAUUUGUUUUCACAACCGAUGAGCUUAAGUACUCAUGCGGCCUUGGGAAAAGGAAAAGGUCAGUGCAGUCAGGAGAGACAGGUCCUGAAAGACGUCCUCUGGAUCCAGUUAAAGUAACAUGUCUCAGAGAGUUCAUUAGGAUGCACUGCACGUCCAACCCGGACUGGUGGAUGCCGUCGGAGGAGCAGAUCAACAAGGUGUUCAGCGACGCGGUGGGACACGCGCGCCAGGGCCGCGCCGUGGGCACCUUCCUGCACAACGGGCACUCGUGCUGCGAGGGCGGCGAGCAGGGCGCGCAGGACGAGCUCUUCGGCAGAGGGGCGCAGGACGCGCCCGGGGACUGACGGCAGCGUCCGGAGAGGCUGCCCGCCCGGCAUACCCAGCCCUGCUGUCACCUAGCGCUCCAAAGCAUGCUUGAACGCAUCCUGCGUACAUUUCGGCUUCUCCCUCCCACCGUAUCCCAGUUAACAGGAAGAAUUCCAUUUUGAGACCUGCUUUAUGGGACUUCUCAGUGCCUAUUAUUUCCAAACCCUUCAUAGCACGCUCAAAGGGAACGCGCAGUUCAUUUCAUCCAGUUGUAGAGGAAAGGUCAUUUAAAAACUAUAAAAAUGUCAAAAGAAACUGCAGCUACUAUCUCUUCAGCCUAUUGAUAACAAUCCCAGGCCUGGACUUGGAACAGCUGGGUGCUAUCUGCUUUCACUGACUAGAAGAUUUAAGUACAAGUCUGCACAUUUACAACAAAAAAAAAUGUGAUUUCCCAUUUGCUACAGAAAAGAACAUAAUUAUAAAUGCUACCUUAAAAUACCACACAAGAUAGAAAAUCUAGGGACUUUCUUAGCCAAAUCUGUCAGGAAAUUAAGCUUCCCAAGUAAAACAGCAGUACUCAUCAACAGCAGAAUCCUUCAAAGACCCAGAACAAUAGCAGGCACUUCUAACAGAUAAAAAUUGCAUUCUAUAUCAGAUAGACAGUAUAUUUAUCUAGAUUUCUAGAGGAUUAGAGUUGAUCAUGACAGUUUUCAUUAAAACAAGAUUGCUAAAAACAAAUUGCCAUUUCAGAAGACAGAUUUUCCUUUGUCUGUUCCUAGUCUGCAGCCACAUUACGUAGCUUUAGAGGCUUUAAAUUGCCUUUUCUUGUUUUCACUUUAAUUUGUGUUUUAUAUCCAUUCCUUGAAAGAGGUGAGGCAACGUGCUGGUUUUGCUCAGUCUUGCAUUCAGGGAGGGGUUGGGCAAGAAGAACCUGGUUUAUUGUUCUGUAGUAAGUAGACAUGGGAUCCACACUGAGAGCUGUAAGAAAGGAGCUGUUGGAGCAGAAUUCACAAUGGUGCACAACAUUGGAAGCAGAUACUAGCUUUAAAAACAAAUGUCAAUCCACAUAAAAGAGUUCAAUUUUAAAUGUUUAGGAGUCCAUUGUCCCUUUAAAUUGAUCCACGCCAGAAAUGUGCAUGCCAAAGAAACGAUGCCCUUUCCUUUCCACAUCAGGGUGUUUCCAUUUCCUUACCUUUGUGUGCUCACUCAGGCCAGUGUUGGCACCCUCCACAGCCUGAACCAGCACUCCCUGAGGCAACAUUUCCCCACUGGCAGGUAGAGGGAAGUGUUAUUUGGGAAGAAAGCUCACUCCAUUUUGCCCAUCCUUAGUGCUACCUCAUCAGCGUUGGCUCUCCUGAACGCGCCUCUCAUCCUCCCCAGCUUUCCUCACGCCUUGUGCAAGCCACAAGUGUAGCUACUAAUGGCUCCUUUUACCUUCCUCCUCCCCUUCCCCACCUGCUGCCCAUGCACCAGGCAAGGCAGGAGGCACUGGACCCUUCCCCAGAGACCAGGAGGGGCUCUCUGGGGUGCAGAGUCUGCAGCUCCCCCACACAGGAGCUCCUUCCUGCCCUCUGCCUCCCCUUGGCCAGUGGGUUCCCUGUGACUGCUCUCUCCUGGCCCCUGGGUAUCAGAGACAUGGGCUCACCCUGCACUGCCACAGAGAGGACUUUGCUCUGGCCCCAUAUGCUUUAGGCCCUCAAAUGUCCAAUACCUCUCACUUUAACUCACUUUUAUUUUGGUGAUUUUUUUUUUUUUUUUUUUUUUUGAAAGGGGGUUGAAAGGUACUCACUGACCCCAAAAUACUUAAUUUAUUUUCUAUAAGUCAAUUAGCAGUUUAGUCACACAGGACCUCACUAGAACAAUGGGUUUAGAACAGCAUUCCUUCAUCACAGACAGGAGGUGACUUUCUUGGAGUGGUCACACCCCAUGGUGGCCCUGGAGAAGAAAUUCAGUGUAUAGAAAUGUCACAGUACAGAUAUCCUAUAGUAGCUUUUCGGUGUUGAGCUUACACUUUUUUAAAAAGAGCUAUAAUAGAAGAUGUUACAUUACUCAGAUGGUGUAAGUCUUGCUGGUCUAUGUUUAAUGUGGUGACACAUGCCAGAACUAUUUGGUAAAACAUGUCAGAACGUGUGAGUCAACAUUAUACUGUAAAUUUGUCCACAGCGAUAUGUAUCAUGCUGUAUUUUUGUAAACAUUGUGAUGGUUUCCUCUCAGAUGCUUUAUUGUAUGAUGUUUAAGAUAUAAACACUUUUUAACAGUCACAGAACAGAAUUACUGAACUGGACAGACCUUUCACUUAAUAACUGAAAGAUUUGCUGAAAUAACUAGUAUACCUAGCUUUAUUUUUAGUGUAAAAAGCAUAGCCAGCAUCCUGGAGCCACUCACAAUCCUCUGUCUCAUUGUGCAAAAUAACCAAAAGUAUAAUUUCAUCCUGAAAGCCACUUUGGUAGUAGAAAUGGCUUUCCAGGUUUGGACCUUUCUUUAUGAACAAAAUUUUGUCCUCAAUUGCUUCUGUGCACUGGCCAGUGACAUGAAUCAUGGUCACAGACAGGCAUUAACAGACACCAGCUCAUAUUUUUGUUCAUGUUUGGUUUAAAAAUAACAGAGUAUAAAAACUUUUGUCAGCUGUGUUUUUAAUUGCCAUCAUGGCCACUUGACCCACACAUUUCAUUUUUAAAAUCCCAAACCUUGCACAACUUUUUCCAGUUAAUUUGUUCAUUAGGUGUUAUAAAUUCAGACACAUUGAAGCAUCUAAAUAUCUGCAAUAUGUUAGAUAUGGGACCUGAAAUAAUAGAUAGCACAUAAGCCCUUGCAGAGGGAGAUAUCCAUAUUUAGGCAGUGUGAUUUGUAAGCCAGCACAUCCCUUCCCAGCAACAGAAGGAAGCUGCUAUCUAUCAUGUCACUCCAGAAAGUCCCAGGAGGAUAGAGAUUCUUGUCUUAUCCUUCCAUAGGCUUUAAUCUUACUGUCAUUUAUGUAUCUGCCUUCUCUCAAACCUUGUGUAGCAGCACCGCACGCCCAUCUGUGCCAACAUGCCUUCGCUAUAUUUUCUAUGACAAAUAUUUGUGGAGAAACUGUGAUUAAAAGAAAACAUUAAUCCUGAUAUUUUUAUUGUUAUGGUGUAGUUAAUUCUAUGAAUACUUUCUUAUGAUGAUUGUACUGUGUAGAGUAAGUACAGGUUAGGGAUAGACCUUUAUCAGAUAUUGUACAAAAGAAAAGUGCAUAGUGUAAUAUAGACUAGUAAGGUUUUUGUGACAAUUUCUAUAGGAUGUGUGAAUUGUUUUCUAUGUGGCAACACACAUUUCUUUUAAAGAAUAUAAAAUCUUAGAGAAUUUUUUAAACAGUCAAUAUUUUUUAAUUAUAAAGACAUUUGUUACCUACAGGUUACUAUUUCAGGUGUUAAUUCUAAUUUGAAUAUUGGUUUUAUUACUA